AUGGAUAAUAAGACCUGCGCAAAUUGCCAUGAGCUGAAGUUCUCCUGCUGGAAAAAAGAUCUAUGGUGGAAAGGGUAUUGCAAAGGUGCCAACGCCUACUUUGGCCACGAGGUGACGGUUGACGAUGAGGGCGAAGAGACCGGGUUGAAUACAUGGGCACGAUUUCCCAUCAAAUUGACAAACAAGUACCAUCCGGGGUACGAAUGGUUCAAGCUGAACAUCUUCACGCGAUGGAUCGCAAAAACACAACAAACAAUUCUCGUCGUUUUCGACCUUCAUCCGCCCACGGCAAGCUGCGUUGAGCGCGUGCCGGUUGGCGAGCCGGAUCCUUUAUUCGUGAUCCCAGAUGAACACAGCUACAUAACUCCAUACUGGAUAUAUACUCGCAUCUUGGAGAAAGUCGUCACUCUGCAAGACGCCGCCGUCUGGUCGGUGCGCGAUACCGUGAGGAACACAGAGAAGGAGAGGGACGGCCCGACAAAGCCAAAACCGGCCCCCGACUACCGGCAUUUGCACGAGACUGCCCGACAUGCAAUUCACGUUUCUGAGACAUUACAAUUAGCUGUGAAGGCUGCCAGGCAGAUUCUGGUGCAACACGGGACCGUUAAGGCAGACUGGAGUGGGGCGCAGCCUGAUGCUGCCUGGAAGAGGGCUUGGAAGCAUGCCAACGGUCGCCUGCUGUUCUUCGAGGACAUGCUGGACAGCCUGCAAGAGAGGUCCGCCUCGAACAAGGCACGACUUCUCAACGAGAUUGCACUUGCAUUCAACAUGGUUGCUCAAUUCGAUUCUGGAGUCUCGGUCGAUAUCGGCCGCGCGGCACAACGAGAUAGCGAAGCUAUGAAGACGGUCGCCUUUCUUACCCUACUGUUUCUUCCAGCCACUUUCGUCUCUGCCGUCUUCAGCACUACUUUCUUCGAGUUUGACUCUGGCUCAGGCGAGUGGCUUAUGUCUGACAAGUUUUGGGUGUACUGGGUUGUCGCCAUUCCAGUAACCAUUGUGACGGCUUUGAUGUGGUACCAUUGGCAGAAGAUAUUCCCACCGACGUUGUUUGGCGACAUGCGUUUUCAGAAGAAUCAAUUAGAAUACCAUGAAGAAGCGAGGCCUAGAAUACGAACGCUGAGUAUUCGUAAUCUGUCGACUUCUGGCCACGAAGGAGGGAAAUCCGUAGUGUAG